AUGGACGUUUUUGAUGGACUUCCAGAUCCUAUCGUCGUCUAUAUCUUGGACAAAGUCGGCGACGUCAAAACCUUGCUUCGUUGCAGUUCCCUCUCUAAGCGAUUCAACUCGCUCGUCCCUCAGUCCGAGUCACUCAUCCUCCGUCUCGACCAAGUCGUUACCACCGAGUCACCACCCGAUUCUCCCGUCAGCAACUUCUUUAAAUCUGUAUGCAAACCCUUUCACGGUUUGUUUUCUCUGUUUUCUAAACCGGCUAAACCAAUCCCAACCACAAAUCUUUCUCCGGUUAUCCCUUCCAAGCUUCUCUCCCGGUUCGACCGGAUCAAGAAUCUUGACGUGGAGCUUCCAGGGGGAGAUGCAAAGCCGGAGAAAGGCGCCGGAAUUAAGUGGAAAGCAGAGUUUGGUAAAACUCUCAAAACAUGCGUCGUUGUAGCGUUUCGCUCCGCCUCCACCGUGUCUUCUCCCGACGGUGAGUCAGACGCCGAGUUCGUGACUGGUCUUAAAACGCGCGUGGAGUGGACGAUAAAGGCGUUGAUGGCCGCGUCGACACGUCAUCACCUGAUGAGCCAAGUCGUGAAGGAGCACAAGGAGAUGUAUGAGUAA